GUUUUGAAAUAGAUUGUAGACCACGACGAAACCACUGGACGCGUUUCCUCAAAAAAAAAAAAAACCUUAUCGGGACACCUUUACUGAUAGUUUUUUUGCUGUUGAUAUUUCUACAUUUUUUUCUGUCAAUUUCAAUUAAGAAAAUCAGCUUUUCUGCUAUGGCAAAAGGAGAGGGAGGUGAACAAUACUCCAACGCCAGUUUAUUGAAUAAGUCUGUCAGCUCGGAUGGUAUCACGCUCGCUAGAAAGCAUGAGCACAGGAACAGGUUGUCAGUGUGCAAUAAGAUCUGCUAUGCCAUCGGUGGAGCUCCCUACCAGAUCACAGGAUGUGCCCUCGGAUUCUUCCUGCAGAUCUAUCUACUGGAUGUAGCUCAGCUGGAUCCCUUCUACGCCUCCAUUAUCUUGUUUGUGGGCCGAGCAUGGGACGCUAUAACGGACCCCACUGUGGGCUUCCUGGUCUCCCGGAGCCCGUGGACACGUUUUGGACGCAUGCUGCCCUGGAUCGUGCUCUCCACCCCUAUAGCUGUUCUCUCCUAUUUCCUCAUCUGGUACGUUCCUCCCUUUGAGGACGGCAAAGUCAUCUGGUACCUGUUCUUCUACUGCAUCUUCCAGACUCUUCAGACGUGCUUCCAUGUGCCGUACUCUGCCCUCACCAUGUUCAUCAGCUCAGAGCAGAAAGAAAGAGACUCAGCCACCGCAUACAGGAUGACGGUGGAGGUCCUGGGGACUCUCCUCGGUACGGCUAUCCAGGGGCAGAUCGUGGGCAUGGCGAACGCUCCGUGCCUCCCCGGACCCGCCGACAUCGCCGCCAUGAACUCCUCUCUGCCUGCGGUACACAAUGAGUCAGAGCCCGUCAUCUCCCUGGAUCACACGAAAACGGCGUACAUGAUUGCUUCUGGGGUGAUCUGCAUCAUCUACGUCCUCUGUGCGAUUGUUCUGUUCUUCGGCGUGAGAGAGCAAAAAGAGUCUUGCCGUCCCAGGUCAGAGCCCAUGGGGUUCUUCCAGGGGAUCAAACUGGUAAUGGGACACGGACCGUACGCCAAACUGGUCAUGGUGUUCCUGUUUACCUCGCUGGCUUUCAUGCUCCUGGAGGGAAACUUUGCCCUGUUCUGCAGCUCCACACUGGGCUUCAGGAACGACUUCCAGAAUAUACUGCUGGUCAUCAUGCUCUCCGCUACGCUGGCCAUCCCCUUCUGGCAGUGGUUUCUGACUCGCUUUGGGAAAAAGACGGCGGUUUACGUUGGCACCUUGUCUGUGGUUCCCUUCAUGAUCCUGGUGGUGUGUGUGAAGAGUAACCUGAUCGUCACCUACAUUGUGUCCUUCGCUGCCGGAGUAGGACUGGCCACAGCUUUCCUGCUGCCCUGGUCUAUGCUUCCUGAUGUUGUCGACGAUUUCCAAGUGCAGAACCCAGACUCCACCGGCCACGAGGCGCUCUUCUACUCCUUCUACGUCUUCUUCACCAAGUUCGCCUCUGGAGUCUCCCUCGGCAUCUCCACCCUCAGCUUAGAUUUUGCAGGCUAUAUCAGUCGAGGCUGCUCUCAACCAGAGGAAGUGCACAUAACGUUGAAAGUGCUGGUCUCAGCCGCCCCCGUACUUCUCAUCAUAAUCGGCCUGUGCAUAUUGUACUCGUAUCCAAUCAAUGAGGAGAGGAGGCAAGGAAACCGCAAACUGCUGCAGGAACAGAGGGAAAACGAGGCAGAUUCAGAAACGGACUCGACAGAACUAGCCGCCAUGGUGUAGCACGUUUUAGAAACCCACGGACCAAUCGGGUGACCGAUGGCAUGUUGCACUUGACAGGACCGACAUUACCGGGACCUGUCGGAUUAUACAGACACUGCCUUGUCCAAUCACACUGCUGCUGUUCCCCGUCUGCAAAACUUGAUCGACUUAUUCGUGUGGAGGCUUCAGCCACGCUGAGGCCUUCCUAUAAACAUCCUGCCUUCCGCUUUGUGACAUUUUCCCAGCAUGCAAUUCACUCUCUCUCUCCUUUUGUUCAGUCAGAAACUCAAAAGCCUUACUUUUUUGUAUAAAAUACUACUUUUGAGUACUUUUUUGAGCUUUUUUUUUAUUUUUUAAAGUAAGCCUUUGUCGUUUGAAAUUGCACAAAACCAUGAAAUGUGAUGGGAGCAUAUUUAUAUAGUCAGUGCUGCCAUUCUUGGUGCUACAGUUUCCACCCUUGUACAUAGCACAUGGAGCAUUAAUGACCUUGAACACUGCGCUAAACACAACUGUGUAGUUCUGAGAUGUGAACAUCUUGAGAAACUUGAACAAUAAACGCCUUAAUAUCAGCCCCGUUUAGGGGUUUAGGAAUUAAAAACUGACAAACUGACACUUAAGUCAGUCCUUGCUCCUGAGUCAUAGACUUGGUUUGUAUUUUGAACGUGUUUAAAUGUCUUUUUUGUAAAUUUUCAGUUAAUCCUCAUAGUUUACUAAAAGCAUUCGGCCAGUUCGUCUCAUUCCCAUCCCAAGUUUUCCUUUUAAAGAAUCCAUCAUAAUGUGAUAUUAACUAGUGGCCGGACAGCAACAAGAGCUUGUUUUAGUUCCCCACAUUAGUAAUAAAAACCACUACAAUACUAAAAACAGUUAGUUUGCAAAAACAUUAUCUUAUCUACUGAAGACAGGAAAGGCUAUUCAUUUUUUCUAAAUGUUUUCAUUUCCUUCGUACGGAGCAAAACUGACUACAGCCGGUGCUGAUUUAACCGUAUCAUUAUUUAAAUAUUUAUUAGUUUUGAUUUUACAUGUUGUUUUUCAUGUUGAAUUCAUGUUUGCUGGAAAAAAACAGGCUUCUUGCAGUAUUUAAAUAUAUUUAAGGCCUGUGAGUGUCCAAAUGAAUUAGAAGUUUAAUAAAAAAAAUGAGGCGGAGAAGGAGAAGGAGUCCAGUUUUAAAACAUUAACACGCCUUUUAAUGCAUGUUGCCAUGGCUACCAUCUUUCUCUGAAUGCAUUCAAAAAAGGGAAGCACAUAGUGGUUUAAAAAAGAAGACAGGGGAGGGAACUUGUGUGUUUUUUGAAUGUUUAUUGUCUUUGUAUAUAUGUAUGUAUGUGUGUGUAUUGAAGGAACAACCAGAAUGCUUUGUGAUCAUCUCAAUCCCUGUCAUGAAAAAGGUGGAUUGACAUAUUUCGUAUCCAUUGAUAUGGAAUUGUGUACAUACAGUAUCAUAUGUUAUACAUACUGUUACAUCUUCAGCAUGUUGUUUCUGACAACAAUCUGUUGUCGAUGUGAAAAAUGUUCAUGUUUCAUUCACUUGUAGGUUUCUUUUUCCUCUCUAGAGUUCCCUCAGAUCUCUAGUCGAGGAUACUUUACAUGCCAACACGGUGCCAUUUUCACCCAAUAACCCUGUAAUAGUUGUACAUCCUGUAAAUCUCAUCCAGUUUUAUAUUGUUUUUUUUUCUUUUAUGGAUCUGUCGGUGAACAUGACUCUUGAGGCUGUAGCCAAAUGUGUGAGCUUUAAUCCCACAGAAGCCUUGUGAACAUGCCUCUUGUGCAUAUGUAUAUAUUGUAUGUAAACAUGUAAAUAUCUUUGAUAUUUGUGGCUGUGAAAUGAACCUAUGUACACUGUACUGUAGUUAUUUAAGAAAAAAAGUUGAGGUUGAAAAAGAUAUUGUUAAUAAAUACUAAUUGAUAAGUGUACUGUGAA